AUGGCUAAAGUUGACUUUGAAGAUCUGUCCGGAACGUCUACUCCUGUCACUGCAAACCCUUUCGACGGCCUGAUCAAUGCUUGUCAUGGUGACCCUAAGCAGAUUCAGGAACGAUACGCUGUACAUCGGACAACACGGAAUGCACAACAGCGAGAGAAGAUCCUUGGCGAUGACUUCAAAGGCUGGAUCCUUGACGAGCAUCUGGUCAAGCUUGAUGGACCCAGGAAGGACACAUCGUACAUAGACCCUCGGCACUGUCUCGUCUUCUGGGGGAGACCGCCUCAGAGAGUCAAGACAUUGGUCGACGUCAUACAGUCCAAGCUGAAAGAUGCUGCUCCAGACCUCUGGCUUAUGCCUCUGGACAAUCUACAUAUGACCGUGAUGGAAGUCGCUCACUCUAAAACCGAAGCUGAGAUCACUGGCCUCAUGAAUACGCUCAAGGACCACUUCAAAGCGAUUGCUGAUCACACGUGCUCGCACCGAGCCAGACUUGUCAAGCCUCUCUUGAGCUACGACUCGGCGGCUCUUGCUCUGAGCUUUUUGCCCGCUGCCGGAGAGUCACCCUCAAAUGGUCGGACGGCUGAUGAUGACCGUUACACAUAUCAUCAUUUGCGGCGCGAUACUUAUGCUACCAUCACAGAGUCAGGAAUUCAGGUUGGCUCCAGAUAUGUUGUGCCUUCGGCACAUCUUACUAUCGCCAGAUUCAACUCUCCAAAUGUGUUUGGAGGAGAUCCGCUGGACGAGACCGUGACCCUUGACAUCAAAAUGCGAAGACACUGGGUCAAUGAGCUCGAAAUAAUCAACAAGUGGCUUGAAGCAGAGUAUUGGCCCCAGGAAGGACACCUGAUCAUGCCUGGAGGCGAAUGGGUGGUCGGCGAGGAGAAGGGUCUGGACUUCCGCAACGGCACGCUAUGGUACGGCGGAGGCUCUACUAUUUAUAUUGGGGAGGGAUUUGUCGAUGGUGACGGGGCAACUGCACAAAUACCAUGA